AUGACAAAGUAUAUUCCAGAAGAGAGUCUCAAAGGAUUGCAUUUAUACAAAUAUGGAGGUGUGGACAAAUCCCUUGUCUCCAAGUACGUUUUGGGUCCUUAUUGGAAUAAUCUCGUCAAGAUUUUUCCGCUCUGGGUAGCGCCUAAUGCUAUUACCUUGUUGGGCUUACUGAUCGUCGUUGCCAAUGUCAUUACUUUGUUUUACUAUUCCUCAGAAUUGGGUGAAUGCCCCAACUGGGUGUAUACAACUUUUGGUAUUGGUUUGUUCAUGUAUCAAUCAUUGGAUGCCAUCGAUGGCAAGCAAGCUAGAAGAACACAAACAUCAGGUCCCUUGGGUGAAUUAUUCGAUCAUGGCUGUGAUGCUUUGAACACCACUUUGGGUGUUUUGACGUGGGCUUCCUCCACUUAUCUCGGUCAAAGCUGGUGGACCGUAGCUUCCUUAUGUGCCAGUCUUGGAAACUUUUACUUGUCUACUUGGGAGGAAUACCACACUGGUGUUUUGUUUUUGGGCCAUUUUAGUGGACCCGUUGAAGGUGUGUUGAUGUUGUGUGGCAUUCAUUUGAUCUCUGGCUACUUUGGUCCAGCUUUCUGGAUGCUCCGUAUAGAAGAGGUCCUGCCAUUUAUUAAUUUCUCUCACAAUGCAAACACCAAACUUCUGGGCGCACUCCAGUUGAACCAUGUUCUCAUCGUGAUCGGUGGUCUCGUUACCUUUUUCAACAUCAUUGUCGGAUUAUAUAAUGUCAUCAAGGUCAAGAUCUCACCCACUGCAAACUCCAAGAAGGACAGCUCUAUUUUAAAGGCUACAUUGGGCCUUUUCCCCUUUGUCAACAUGUGCUUCUGGGCUUACAAAUGGAUGCGUCUUUGGCCUGACAUUGUGUCUGAACACCUUGCUAUUUUUAUCGUCUUCUUUGGGUUCCUCUUUGGUCAUCAGGUUGGGCUUAUGAUUACAGCCCACGUGUCAAAAUUGAGUUUCCCUUAUUUCAAUGUGCCUGUCAAUGCCAUCCUAUUAUCUGGUGUUUCUAUUGCCUAUUUCCAGUCAUUUAUCGAGGAAUUUAUCCCCAUCAAUCAAAGACUUAUUCUCAAAAUCUAUUCCGUCAUUGCCGCUUACCAAUACUACGACUUGGCAAGCAGCGUCAUCCAACAAAUCUGUACAUAUCUCGACAUUGGAUGCUUGCGUAUCAAGAAGAAGCCAGCUGAAAAGACAUCUUAA